AUGAGCUCUCGUCCCAGCUCUUCUCACCGGAUGCGAAUGACAUCGCCCCCACCCUCGAGAGCUCUUCUGAACCUUCAAAAACAAGGAUUGGAACUCGGCCUUUCGCCAUCACGGAAUACACAGCAAGUCACCAGGAGCCAUGCCUCUCCGAGCCCUACCCCAUCGGACCGAGACAAGCCAUUGCCCCUGGAGCCUUUCGAAAAGAGACGGAGUUCCAGUGUGUAUAGCACAGAUACCACUAUAAGCAACAUCAUCUACAUGUAUGGCGGCUACCAGGAGCUGGAUGAUUCUCCGCCAGUUACUGCGCUUCACCAUCCACAGGCCUACCGGGAUACAGUGGUCCCGUUGCUCAUCAAGCGUCUCAGUAUCGGUCCGUCUUCUUCACCGCAGGCAAUCCAGAUUCUCGAUGCCCGAGAGACAGUGUCCAGCAUCUCCCUCAACUCUGCAACUCUUCAGACCAGUACACCCACACUCGGCAACAAGGCAGCCCCCAGCUUUCUCGAAUUCUCCCGCGCUCUUCAGGACCGCCGGAACGAGCUCUUGUCGCCAUCGUCGAGUGCACCGUCUGACUACCAUCGACAGGCAGCAUACGACCAGUUGGCGCCCCCUUCUCCACAAAUCUCUUCUGUCGAACAAUCGAUAUCUGUCUCGCAGACUCCGCCACUUCCCGAUGCCAUGUCCGGGACCAUAUCAGACAUUGAUGACUCAGACCUUCUUCCACCUCCAUUGAGGCUAGGCUGUUCAAGCCCACCGAGCCCGCUGGUGAAUGACUGGGAAAGUAGCUCCAGUAUGCACUGUCCGUCCAGUAUCGCCGAUCAGAGUCAAGAGCAGAUCUCGCACCCUGCUGUUGGUGGAAGCUGGUCCGAGAAUUGGUUGCAUGUCGACUUUGUGAACCACGGUCCUAUAUCAGAGCCAAGUAGACAUGAUGCAAGGAGCAGCUCCAAGAUUGGGGAUCCCUUGACGGAAAAGGAGCAAGAGCGCAUCCUCUCCUAUGCAGAAGCGAAGUAUCCAGGCAUGAGGAAGAGUUCUUACGACAUGAUAAGAUCGCAGCGCAGCAGCACCAGAUCCAGUUUCCAACAGGGAGUCAGCAAUUUGCUGAGAACUCUCUCCCAUUCUAACCGUGCCGACGGCAAACAAGGAAACAAUCAAGAAGCGCCACCUCGUGAGAGGCAACUGGCCGUUCCAGCAACCCCGUAUCAGGUCUAUGGUGCCGAGAUAUGGUCUAAAAAGAUCAAGAAGAAGCAACGGGAGGCACAACGCGACCACGAGCGGGGGAAACCUCUUGACCUUCUGUCCGCUUACCAGAGCGGCCAAAGCCAGUUUGUCGGGGUGUUGGAGGGAGCCAAGCGGAAGCUCGGCCGGAAAACGUCACAAAAAAGACGAAGGAAGCUCAAGCAGAGUAUCAUCUUUGUUGGUCCGCCAGCUGCACAGGCGAGCGCGAACGCAUUGGAACGCUCGGCACAAGACAAUGACACUCCUUGGAUUUGA